UGGUACCAGUUUCCACCACAAAAUGUUCCACAUGACUUCUUUACACUCACUCAUGUUGCUCCUUCUUGGAGUGGCGCUUCUUACUACCCCAGUCCUGGCUAAUUUCAACAUACCCAUUUAUGAGCCUCCCCCAAUUGGCAUACCACCCAUAACUGAACCUCCACCCAUCUAUCAACCUCCUCCAACUGAAAAACCACCCCCAUUAUAUAACCAUCCGUUCCUUCCUCCACCAUUCUUCCAUCCUCCAUAUGAGAAGCCACCAUACCAACCUCCUCAUGAAAAACCACCACCAGAGUACCAACCACCUCACGAGAAUCCACCACCAGUGUAUCAGCCUCCUUUCGUGAAACCACCUCCAGUGUAUGAACCUCCUCAAGUUAAGCCACCACCAGUGUAUCAACCCCCUUAUGUAAAGCCACCUCCAGUGUGUGAGCCUCCUCACGUAAAGCCACCAGUGUAUCAACCUCCUUAUGUAAAGCCACCACCAGUGUAUAAACCUCCUCACGAAAAGUCACCACCGGUGUAUCAACCUCCUCACGAGAAGCCACCGCCAGUGUAUCAGCCUCCUCACGAGAAGCCACCGCCAGUGUAUCAGCCUCCUUACCAAAAGCCACCACCGGUGUAUCAACCUCCCUACGUGAAGCCACCUCCAGUGUAUGAACCUCCUCAUGUGAAACCACCAAUAUAUCAACCUCCCUACGUGAAGCCACCACCGGUGUAUCAACCUCCUCACAAAAAGCCACCACCGGUGUAUCAACCUCCUCACAAAAAGCCACCACCGGUGUAUCAACCUCCUCACAAAAAGCCACCACCGGUGUAUCAACCUCCUUAUGUAAAGCCACCACCGGUGUAUCAACCUCCCUACGUGAAGCCACCACCACCAGUAUAUGAACCUCCUCACGAAAAACCACCGCCAGUAUAUCCACCUCCUUACGAGAAGCCACCACCAGUGUAUCAACCCCCAUAUGAAAAACCACCACCAGUGUUUGAACCUCCAUAUGAAAAGCCGCCACCGCUAUUUCCUCCCCAUUAUGCGAAACCACCACCAGUGUUGGAACCUCCAUACAAGCCACCGGGUUGCAGUCCCCCACCUUAUGGUCACUUUCCACCAUCAAAGAAAACCUAAUAACAAGUGGCGGCUGUGACGUGCUUUAGAGGGGUCUUUUGUCAGAUAAAGUUUUGUUUUGUUUGGUUUGGGUACUACUUUUAAGAUUUCAACUUCACUCCACUCCUCCUGCAUGCAAUUGUAAUUAAAAAUAAAGGCUGUAUCUGCACUAUAACUUCAAUUUCCCUCUCAACAAACAUGUUGUAAAGUCUUUUAUUAGUGACUUCGUCUAUGGCUCCAAUUAGCUUUUCUUUCUGCUGUUAAAUCGUC